UCUCUUUCUUUCUUUGUCUCCGUUGCCAAACAGCCAUGCACCACCCACAACCCCACAUUUCUUCACCCGAUUCCGCCGCCACUGCUGCGUUUGACUCCAAACCAGCCAAACGACGCGGCAGUUACAACUGUGGCCGAUGUGGACUUCCCAAGAAAGGCCAUGUUUGCCAAGUCAGCAGCAGCACACCUACUUCAUCUUCCACCCCAACCUCAACUCCAGCUGCCACAACCACCACCGCCACCGACACUUACUCUUCAGCAGCCCGUCCUCCUCGUCCUCCAGCUCCACGUCAGCCCUACUCCAACCUCCGACGCGCACUUUCCUUUGACGAUAUCGACACCCGCUGCGACUUGCCGGAAAUUGAUUUAGAUGGCUGCGAUUCUCCCUUCCCGGGUAAGGAUAUGGAUCCGGAUAAUGAGACAGUCUCCGGUGGGUUACCGGCAGGGUGCCUGUGGGAGGUCUUGAGGAGAUUACCGCCUGCGGGGCUGUUGGCGGCGGCGAGGGUGUGCAAAGGUUGGAGGGAAACGACGAAGAGACUGUGGAGGGCGGCGGAGGAGCUUAGACUUAUGGUCCCAACUAAGGGUCAGCUUAGGUUCACUGGAUCCGUCUUGCAGAAAUGCCCAAGCCUUGUUAGACUUUCUCUUAAGAUGGAAAGUGAUGUGGAUGCAACAAUGCUGGCCUGCAUUGCGUUUUCUUGCCCUAAUUUGGAGUCUCUGGAGAUUUCAACAUCGAAUACAGCUGUCAAUCGGAUCACAGGAGAUGAAUUGGGUCGGUUUGUUGCUGAUAAACGCUGUCUCAUGACCCUUAAGAUGGAUGGAUGUUCUAAUUUAGGGGGCUUUGUUCUCUUUUCGUCAAGUCUAUCUACACUCUGGCUUUCUGAUCUUUAUUCCCUCUCUAAGACGGGUUUUAACUGUCCCAAUAUGAAAGAGAUAUCCUUAGAAUUUUCUUGCCAAGAAAAUGAUACUACUGAUCUUACUGCCAUGGUUGAUGGUCUGGGAAGAAGUUGCCUGAGGUUGCAAAACAUUCACAUUGCAUCAGUUCGGCUUUCACAUGCUGUUGUGCUUUCUCUUACGGCUGCGAACUUGAGGGGGUUGCGGAUGCUUUCACUUGUUCUUGGCUCAGAAAUCACGGAUGCAUCUGUUGCUGCUAUUGCUUCAAGCUAUUCAAGAUUAGAAUUACUUGAUCUGAGCGGGUCUAGCGUAAGUGACAGUGGCAUUGGAAUGAUCUGCAAUGUGUACCAGAACACAUUGUCGAGACUCCUCCUUGCUCUAUGUCCUAACAUCACUUCAAGUGGAAUUCAGUUUGCCACAGCUCAGCUACCUCUUCUUGAACUUAUGGAUUGUGGGAUGACAAUAUGUGAUCCCGAUUCCCAGAAUUCACCCAGUGAUGAAAGUGGCCACAAUGAACUUCCAAAUGCAUUCAACAGCAAACUGCAGCUUAUGUAUCAGAAGCUUAUUAUCAAACAUGGCCGAUUAAAAAAACUCAGCUUGUGGGGUUGUUCUGGCUUAGAUGCUUUAUGUUUAAACUGUCCAGAACUCAACGACCUUAAUCUGAACUCUUGUAAAAACUUGCAUCCAGAGAGAUUGCUACUUCAAUGCCCAAGUUUGCAAAAUGUGCAUGUAUCAGGAUGUCAGGAGUUGUUAAUUGGGGCCAUUAAAGGCCAGGACAGUGAUAACUUGGCUUCUGUGGAAAACCAUUUUCCGUGUAAGCAUUUGGCUGACGGCUCCAAGAGGGUUAUUGCACCAAAUUUUCUCAGUCAAAAGGAUAGCAGAAUUUGGUUUGAAGGAAAUUCAGAUUGGAAUGGACUGUGUUACUAUUACACCCUUCUCGCAUUUCUGUACAUAUGAUGUCGCUUUUCUUCUGAAUGUUCCGCCAUUUCAUAAGAGAAUUCA